AGGUUUUCAUAAAAUUAUUUUGACUAAAUUAUGGUAUUGAAUGUGUGGAUUGUGUUGUUUCUUAUGUCAAUUUUUCACAUUGUUGCAUCAGCUCCAGAGCAGAUCCAAAGGGAUAAAAUGAUUUUAUGCGGCGCUGGAUACUUUGAUCCUAGAAAAUAUACGUGUUUUGAUGGCCUUGCUUGCCCAAUUAUUGGAGGAACUGCUUUUUUGAGAUGCAGUAAUGCAUGUUAUUCACCUUUGAUUUAUCAUUGUCUUAACGGUAAACUUCAUCAAGGACCAGAACCUCCAGAAAAACAAGUUCCGCCUAAAUAUAUGACUAGUACUCCUACAUCGACAUUAGUAUUUUCUGGUACUGCUGAUAAGUUAUCUCAAACUCCAUGGAAGCCUUCCUUUGGUGAUAAGACAGAAAAAAAGAAAGGUAAUGCAAAUCACGAUAUGACUACUUUCAGUAUUUUCGGCACUUUAUGCAUUAUUGGCAUUAUUGGCUUUAUUUUAGCUUUUUAA